GAGCCGCCCUUCAUACAGUCAGUAAAGCGCGCGUAAACAGACGGUUGGGAUAUGGAGAAGACACGCGCGCACGGGCCCGGUGGGCUGCGCGCUAAAGGUUUUGCUAUCACGGACCUGUUGGGACUGGACCCGGACGGCGCGAGCGGCGGCGGGGCAGUGGCCGCGUGUCCGACGGCAGUGGGGAGCGCGUGCCCGGGCGGCGCGGUGGGCGCGUUCCCGUUUCCGCUCGGCCUGGGCUUUCUGUGCAGCCUUGCGGCGCAACAGCAGCACCACCACCAGCAGCAACAGCAGCAGCAUCAGGGCGCGCGCAGCUUCAUACCGGCUCACGUACCGCUGCUGCAGGCGCGAGCCGAGCCACCAUACGUGGAGGCGCGAGACGAGUUCUCCGAUGACGACUGUCUCUCGGGGGACCGCGCUGAUGGGAAAAACUCUGCGAAUUCACAGAAGAGGAAGAAACGGAGACAUAGGACUGUGUUCACGUCACACCAGCUGGAGGAGCUGGAGAAAGCCUUCAACGAAGCUCAUUAUCCAGAUGUUUAUGCACGGGAGAUGCUGGCAAUGAAGACAGAACUGCCUGAGGACAGAAUACAGGUGUGGUUUCAGAACCGGCGGGCGAAGUGGAGGAAGCGGGAGAAGUGCUGGGGCCGCAGCAGCGUGAUGGCCGAGUACGGUCUCUACGGCGCCAUGGUCCGUCACUCCAUCCCUCUCCCAGAAUCCAUCAUCAACUCCGCCAAGAACGGCAUGAUGAGCUCCUGCGCUCCCUGGCUGCUAGGUGAGCCAACAGGAAUGCACAAAAAGUCAAUUGAAAUGACCAAGAAGUCCCCAGGCUCACCCGAAUCCACGCACUCUGACCCGUACUCAGAAGAGGUAAAAGGGAAGAACAGUGACCUCUUGUGGUCAGGAGGAUCCACUGUGGUGGACGACCCAGAGGACAUGGCCAUAGAUUUGUCCAGCACGGCCAAGCAAGAGACCAAGAGCACUUUGAAACACUCGCCAGUCCACACGGAGCCCAACAGCGAUUCAGAGAACGAGAACUGAGACAAAUAAUAAUAAUAACAACAUUAUUCAUUAACACUGUACAGUCUGAGGGGGCGGACACCACUGGCACCCGUGGGCUAAACCACAUGGACUUCUGAUUUGAGCCUGGGCGUCAAUGUCCCUGUCCCGUCCUCAUCAGAGAUGCUUUUGUUUGUGUUUACUUGUUUUAAUUUUAUAAGUCCUUUUAAAUGUUUUAUUCUUAAUUAUUUUUGUGUGAUGCAUCAAAAACUAUUUCGUGAAUCUAAGCUAAGGAAGUUAUGCUACGGUUAUUUAUUUUUAUUGGAAAUAAAGCACACAUUUAUGAAGCACUUUAUCUGUGUCAUCAACAUCAACACCAACGAAAUAAAUGAUUCUUUUGUGCAUUUGGUUCUGAUGAUUUUCUUUAUGAUCAUAGAAAUGAAUGCAAAUGUUUGUGGACACCCCUUCUAAUGAAUACAUUUAACAGCUUUAAGUUGCAGCUGUUGCUGAAACAGGGGAGACUGGGCUUGUCUAGCUUCUGUUUUGAAAUAAACUCUUUUUACAUGGA